AUGAUGGACGAUGAAGAAAUGCCAGAUCGGCCACCCACGUUUGAUUCCAUGUUUAUCAAUAGUAUAGAUGCUCUUCAAGGAAGGCAAAUCGAUCAAAAAAUGAAUCAAUUUCCCGAAUGGAAUGUCAAGCCACCAUUGUUUACAGCCUUCCGACCAAAGAGACAGCGAUUCUGGCAGGAACCGAUAGACGAAGAUGCCAUGCACUAUGAGGAACCCACAUUGUUAAAAGGAAUGAUUCGAAAGGGGAUUCCUCCACCACUCCGCUGUGCUGUUUGGAUGUCCAAUGUGAUUCAAUCCUGCAAUACACAUCAACCAUUGAAAUAUGCUCACGAAUAUAGAACCCUGGCCAAAGUGCGAGCAUUGGAUUCGGCGUAUGACUCGUUGUACAGCAAUACACUCAAAAAAGAGGAUGUGAAACCAAUGCUGUUUGGGAAUACAACUUCUGUAUCAGAAGAUUCUGUAAAAGAAUACAAAGGUGCUCCAGCAUUGUGGAGGUGUCUCUUUGCGUUGCAUUCUGUGUUGGGCGUGGUGGAAUAUGCACCCAUGGUUCCAGCCUUGACCCAAGUACUAUUGAGUCACAUGGGUGAAUCCUAUGCCUUUUGUUGCAUUCGAGAAAUGGCGCAUCAUAGCACAUGGUAUUGGCCAACAUCCAAAUCAGAACACGCCGCAUACAAACGAGCAUUUCUGGAUAUAUUGCAAAAGUUGCACCCAUCCACAUAUAAAACCAUGACGGGCCAUGGUAUCUCGGAUGACUUUGCCGAGGCUAUAUUUGCCGAUUUUUUUCAGACCAUAUUGCCAGAAGAGAGUGUUCUAAGAAUUAUGGAUGUAUACACGUUGGAAGGAAUGAAGGUAUUAUUUCGAGCUGGAGUUGCCUUUGCGGUGCUGUUUCAUCGGCUGUGGAAAGAGGGAGCCUGCUACAAAUCAGUCGAUUGCUGGAAGACACUUCUCGAAUUUGGGAGGAAAGUGAAUAUUGGGGUUUUGAUCACAAAAGCGUAUGGAGUACACGGGAAAGGAGUGCGCAAGAGAUUUCGCUUUCCACGGCGACCGAUACUGCAGCGAAUAAUCAAACUAGAAGAAGACCGAUACUGGAGGGAAAAUGAAAAUGCAGUCAUUGAAGCACCAAACGUCAAUCCUUUGGGACUAGUGGUACCUCCUAAUGAUGAAGACCACGCGCAACCAGAACUUUCACAAUCUAGAGCUGUGCGCUGCAGGCUGGCAGAAUGGUUACCAUUGUCACUGCGGUAUACAAAACUCGAUCUUAUUUUCUCGACCAACCAUCAUGGAAGAACGUUGGAGAAUUUCUAUCGAGAAUCCAAAAAAGCAAAACAUACCAUUAUGUUGAUUGAACCGCUUGAUGCGCCAAAUACAAUUAUCGGAUGUUAUGCAUCCCAAGCGUGGCACCCAUCGACCAAGGUCUAUGGUGAUGGCGGUUGCUUCAUGUUCCGAAUUGUUACUGACGAAAGCAAAAGUAAAGAAAACUCGAAAUGCUGGAAAUGGCAGUAUCCAGAAUCAUCCAAGUCAUUUGACGACGAUGAAGUCUCUAUCAGCAGUACGACUGCUAUUCUGGAACAAUAUCAAGUCGGCACGAGAGAGUACAUCAGCAUGGGAGGCAAUGCAAAAGGAGGUGCUGGUCUGAGAUUGAAUGAAGAUCUGACAAAGGGUGAAUCCAACAAGGCGGCAGGUUUCGAAAAUGAACCCUUGUCAGGAGAGGACAUGUUUGAAGUUGGUUUGGUAGAAGUCUAUCAAUUCGUUCGCGAAAUGGAUGGAGUGCCUAUUCAUUAA